GGAAAAUUAUGUGGCUCAUCAAGAAGCAGCAAUGUCGUUACGCAGAAGGUGAAGCGGAAGAAUUCAGUCAAGAGGAUGUCUAUCAUUGAGGAUGGGCAGAUAGCAGAGGUGCUGUAUUUAAUUCCCAAACAGUCGGUACUGAGACAAUUGCCUAACCUGAACCCAGAUGACUACUACUUGUGUGAACAUCUGUCGGAUGUGGCAAAUGAUCCUGAUCGAGUGGCACAUGCACAGGACACACACCACCACACAGAAAAGCCAGUUAUCCACUGUAGCAAAUGUGGAGAACCAUGCAAAGGAGAGGUGCUGCGAGUCCAGUCGAAACACUUCCAUAUCAAAUGUUUCACCUGCAAAGUCUGUGGCUGUGACUUGGCACAAGGUGGCUUCUUUAUGAAGAAUGGCGACUAUCUAUGCACUUUGGAUUAUCAGUGCAUGCAUGGGACCCGGUGCAAUGGCUGCGGGGAUUUUGUAGAAGGAGAAGUUGUCACCGCCUUGGGAAAGACGUACCACCCAGCUUGCUUCGUUUGCACCAUUUGCAAACGACCAUUUCCAGCAGGGGACCGAGUCACCUUCAAUGGGAGAGACUGUCUUUGCCAGCGCUGCGUUCAACCAAUGUCUUCCAGUCCCAAAGAUAUCAGCAGUUCCAGCAAUUGUGCAGGCUGUGGCAGAGACAUCAAGAAUGGUCAGGCGCUCUUGGCUCUUGACAGACAAUGGCAUCUAGGUUGCUUCAAAUGCAAGGUCUGCAACAAGGUGCUCACGGGAGAGUACAUCAGCAAAGAUGGAGCACCAUACUGUGAAAAGGACUAUCAGAUUCACUUUGGGGUGAAGUGUGAAGCAUGCCAUCAGUUUAUCACUGGAAAGGUAUUAGAGGCUGGAGACAAGCAUUAUCAUCCAAGUUGUGCACGAUGCAGCAGGUGCAACCAAAUGUUUACAGAAGGAGAGGAAAUGUACCUUCAAGGAUCAACUGUUUGGCAUCCAGACUGUAAGCAUUCAACCAGAAGUGAAGAAAAACACAGGCUCUUACCUCCUGCAGUAAUGAGUCUCAACAAAACAGAAAGGCAGCCCACAAGAUCUUCUUCCGAAAGCAUUUCUUCCAGACCUGGUUCAAGCAUACCUGGCUCACCGGGUCACACAAUCUAUGCAAAAGUAGACAAUGAGAUCCUUGAUUAUAAGGACUUAGCUGCAAUUCCCAAAGUCAAGGCAAUUUAUGACAUUGAGCGCCCAGAUUUGAUUACCUAUGAACCUUAUUACUCCACCAACUACGAGGACAGACAGGAAAGGCAGAGUUUGGGAGAGUCUCCACGAACCCUUUCACCAACGCCAUCUGCUGAAGGCUACCACGACAUGCGGGACCGAAUGAUUCACAGAUCUACCAGUCAAGGAUCAAUUAGCUCUCCAAUCUACAACAGACACAGUUACACCCCUACUAUGUCACGUUCACCACAGCAUUUCCACAGGCCAGGCAAUGAGCCGUCCAGCGGUCGGAAUUCCCCUCUCCCCUUUCGACCCGACAGCCGCCCACUCACUCCAACUUAUGCUCUGACCCCUAAACAUUUCCAUGUACCAGACCAAGGCAUCAACAUCUAUAGAAAGCCACCCAUUUAUAAACAACAUGAUUCAGCUGCCCUGGCAGUGCAAAGCAAGUCUACAGAAGAUAUCAUCAAGUCUGCCAAGUUCCCAGCAGCCCACGCUCCAAACCCUGAAGACACACCAAAGAUUGAGACAGACUACUGGCCUUGCCCUCCCUCACUUGCUGCCAUAGGAUCAGAUUCACGGCGCAGAUCAAGAGAAGAAGAAGAGGAAGAAAUACAAAAACGCAGACAGAUUCAAGAGGAACACCUCAACAAGAUCCAGUCGGGCUUAGGUAAAUUAAUUUUAAAGGAAGAAAUGGAAAAAGAGAUCAAUCGAGACAGAUACUCAAGGAGUCUUUCUUCUCAUCGCUGUGAUGUCACAUAUGCUAACUCCUACAAGUCAGAUCUCAAUGCCUCUACAUCCAAAACAUCUUCACUGCCUGGAUAUGGAAGAAAUGGAUUACACAGGCCACAGUCAACAGAUUUCACUCAGUACAACAGCUAUGGGGAUGUGAGCGGAGGUCUCAGAGAUUUUCAGCCUAUCCAGGAUGGACAUGUACCCGUUGCCAGGAUGGACAGAGGAGUGUCAAUGCCCAAUAUGUUGGAGCCCAAAGUAUAUCCAUAUGAAAUGCUUAUGGUGACCAACAGGGGGCGAGCCAAACUACCAAGAGAUGUGGAUCGAACUAGGCUGGAGAGGCAUUUGGCUCCAGAAGUUUUCUUUGAUAUUUUUGGAAUGACAAUCCAGGAAUUUGACAGGUUACCUCUCUGGAAACGCAACGAAAUGAAGAAAAAGGCAAAACUCUUCUAAACAAUUCAGUGCAUGUCUUAUUUAUAAGCAAAGCGAUACUAUCACUAGAAUAUUGUUAUAUACAUGUAGAAUUUUUUGUGGCAACUUAAAUGAUGCAAAAACCAAUAUAAAUAUAUAUUAUUAAGUCAAUCUGCUUGGCUUUCAUCUAAACAGAGGGGCACCCUCAUUUGCAAAUAUCAUAAUUAGCAAUGAGGAAACACAAGUCAUUUAUUCCAAGAAACAAUACAUAUGAUCUUUCAUUUGUGUGCUGUUAUAUGUAAAGGCUUUGAAAGGAAAUGGCUUCUUUUUAUUCCUUUUAUUUCUACUUCAUAUUGUAACUGCCCUUAUAAAGCUGAACUUUACUGGUAGAACCUCAUGAAAAUUUUGAAGCUAAUAAUGGGUAAAAUAACAUAGCUGUUCAGAAAGGUAUCUCUGACAGCUAUUAAAAAUGAACAUGUUAUAUAUAAGUGCUUUACAGAAAAAAAAUAGGAAAAUUAAAAAUAAGUGUAUUAUAUAAUACCUUUUUGCCUACUGGUAUUUGGUUACUUGAAUUGUAUAUGUCUUUGGAAUUAAAGGCCAUGUCCCACAAAAUAGUGUCUAAUAUUUAUUUCUCACUGGAGAAUAGAAUCAAGUGCCAUUUAACAUUACUAAGUAAAAAAUAUAGUAAUAUAUUGCAGCAUAAGGUUUACUUUUAUAAGGAACUAUAUUUAAAAUAAUACGAGAGUUUUUCUUAUUUUUUUUUAAAUUGUGAAUAUUAAUUAAUAGCAUAUUCAGUUUUCAAAUAAGUCUACAUGCCACAUGGUGGUGCAAUGGUGCCAGUCUCUAGCCUGGCUUUACAAUUCAUAUAACUACAAGUAGAAUACCGGUAUUUCGUGUUUUAUAAGAGGUUGUCUGGGACCAUUUGUAAUAAUAAUGAAAAAUCUACAGUCAUACUUGUAUUUUUCAGUCUCAAGCCUUGAUUGAAUUUCAGAUCUAAAAGUGUCAUUCAGGUAUAUUAAAAAAACAUAUUCCGUUCAUCCAUGUCUUGAAACUGUAUUUCAAGCAGGGUCACAGGGAGCCAAAGUGUAUCCUAGUAAACGGCCCUAGAUGAGUCACUAUCCCUUCAUAGGGCACAGUCAGUUUAAUGUAAUAUCUUUGGAUUAUGCAAAGAACAAUUCAUUACACUUUUUUUUUUUAAUGCCCACUUAUCUACUAUGUAAAGUGCAAGACAUGAACUAACCCUAAAUGGGAUGCUAGUCCAGUCACAGGACAAGCAUUUGUUCACUUACUCACAUCAGGCCCAUUUUAUCGUGCAUGUUUUUUUAGGGUGUGGGAGGAGCCAUCCAUUCAUUUUUCUUACACUGCUGUAGUAUAGGAAAAAGAGGAUAUUCCAGCCACACAUAAAACAACCCCACAGAGAAUGCCAACAGGGUCGCACAUAUUAACGUUCCAACAUACCAGUCACCCCACAUACUCAGGAUAAUAUAGACCCACCAAGCAAGCUGAAAAGUCAAUAUGGCACAUGUUAAAAAUGUAGUGCCAUUAGUACUACCAAGGUGAUCACUUUGUUCGGAAGAAGGCAAUAGAGAAUUAGUAACAUGGUAAUUACUGACCCUCCCCACAUCUACCACUAAAAGAGUGUCUACCAGUAAAGGGCAUCUAAAGAUACUGGUUUUGUGUGUUUUUAUUUAAUUUUUUGUAAGUAAAAAGUAUAGGGAGUUUGCUAUGUCAUUUUGUUUUAUAAACUGUAUUUUUGUAUAAAAGAGACUUUACAAGUUUAACAGUGCUACUGAAAUGUUUUAUUUUUUAUUCCUUUCUGCCCAGCACUGUGAAAGCAUGGUUUGUGAAAAUGACUCUGUAGCUAGAUUGCAAAUCCAGUUGUGUUUUUCAAUCUUGUCUUGCUUCAAAACUCUGUUCAUUGUGUGUUAUCUAACUGUAAAUGGGUGGGAGGGAGUGAUGGGGUGUAAAGCUGCUGUAUAUAUACACAAUAUAAAAUGAAGUCUGAUUGGCUGCCAGAAAACUUCAAAAUGAAAUUAUGGAUGCCCACAAAAGUAACUUUUCAGCCAAUUCCUCCCAUUUUAUGUGAAUUCUUAAAU